AUGGUCGUCCUCGGCCGCGGAGGAUUUCCUACGUCUAAAACCAGUCCGUUGGUUUCCCCCGUUGCAAACAUUUCGAAUAUCGGUUCACUUAAGAGGUUUCCGGAUCGAGAUGCAGCGCGAGAUAUGCUCCACGAUGUUGCUCGUAUGACGGCCUCCCUAAUUAACGAAUUUGGGUUCAAGGUGGGGACGCUUUGCGAAAUGUACCCCAAAUCACCAAACCUACUAGGACUUAAUGUGAAUCACGGCCAGAAAAUCAUGUUGCGUUUGCGAUUUCAUUCCAAUGAUCGACUGUUCUUGCCGCUUGAAGAUGUUAUUGAGACAUUCCUCCAUGAGCUAGCUCACAAUGUCCAUGGCCCCCAUAACGCUGCUUUUUACAAAUUGCUAGAUAAGCUACGCGAUCGCUAUCUUCUCUUACGUUCUGGUACCAUCCCAAAAAGUGGUUAUAGAUGUGAAAUGAAUCGAUUGGGUGGAGCUCAUAAUGCAAGUGGUAUGCGAGACGAAAGACUCAAAAGAUUUGGGUUACUUAAGGAAGCUCGGAAAUUAGGCGGAGUUUCAGGGAAGUUGUCCGGAAACGAAUUAAGACGUUCGCGACUCAUCGCAAUUCAAAGAAGGUUACAAGACAAUAAAUGGUGUCAAGAGCCAGAAACUAUCAAUUCAGAAAAGUCUGAGUCCAGCACUUCUAUAAUCGUCAUAGAAGACGAAGAUGAGCAAUCAUGUGCAGCUGAGGUAGAGGGUUUAGACACUACACACCCAUCAAAGGUAGCCUCAUAUCGAGAUUUAAUUGACUUGACGCUCGAUGAUGUUGAUGACGACCCCGUUGAGGUACAGUCUUGUCUGGCCUGCGAAAAGUUUGACAAAAAGCGCGUGGCAUUUCGAGUACGACCAAUUUUAGGGUCACCUGCAAACUUCUUUCAAAGCGGGAAAUCAUUGAAUUCAAACUUGUACAAGACUGUACCAUUUGUGUACACUUUUACAUCCACACCAGGCAAGACCUAUUUUGGCGAGCAAGACAAGUAUCCUCGACGAAAAAUAGUUGCACUCUUGAAAGUCGAAGACAUGAUUGAGUGGAAUGAGAAAGAAAAGAACAUUUCAACAAGCCUUUCACGCCUCUCUUCUGGUAAGUCAUUUAGACUACAGAAGCAAAGUCGACUUGAGCUGUACCCUAAAUUACGGCGGAAGAGAAAAGUUGUUAAAAUGAUGUCAAUGGAAGAGCUUCUCGAGCUUACCUUUUAA